AUGGCUCAACGUCUGCGUUUGUACUUUGGCUCAGGCCGCAGUAACACAGCCCCGGAGAUACUGGAAGGAGACUCUGAGGAGGGAGACAAUGAUGUGGUCACGGCGCUCCACAUGCAGCCGCCUCCCGCAUCGACGCCUUCUCAGGAGCCAGCCGCGCAACAUGCCCCAUCAAGAGCAUCGAGGUCGGAGCCUUCGCUUAAACGCAGCUCCUCCAUGUUCAUACCCCAGCUUGCCGCCUACGCUGAGCCGCGGCCCACCAAGAGCUCCUCCAUGCACAUCUCCCUCCAGCGUUCUAAUGGAUCGAGUAAUGGAGAUUCCCGUGGUUAUGCUGAUGAUGUCCCGCCACCCUGUUAUACUCCUCCAGGGCCUGCGCCUGCCUAUAUCGAACCAGAGGUCGAAGCAGACGUCCCACGGCACCCGCCUCCUCCGUACUGCAGCCCGGAUACUUUAAACUCACAAACUUUUCUCACAGACCCGAACCUGCCCAAACGCAGGGUCUUCAGUAUUGGCUCCAAUGGCCAUACUACGUAUAGCAGAGGUCAACCUGGUAUCAGUGUUGGUGGUAUUUCUAUCCAGAGGAACUCUCCUGACGGUUUGGACAUCCAGCAUUUCAGAAUCCACCCUUACGGUGGUAAUGGCUGGUCUGUCCAGCAGCAGAGCUCGGACCAGGGCUCUGUCGUCAAUGGUGGAACACAGAGACUAGUGUUUCAGCUUCAGCAAAAUCAGAACCAGGAUCCGAGCCAGGGCAGGCAACAGGCUGCUGCAUCCCAGCAAGAAUGCACAGAUGUUGGCAUUGCUAGCUCAAGAGGCAGCCGCAUGGUUCGUUACCCCAGAAUUCGCCUGGAGAGAAGGUCGUCUCAUCCGAGGCUGUUGCUGGAGAAUCAACACCAGGAAAGUGGGGCAGAUAGCCAAGCCAUAGAGGAGAACCAAACAGACAUGGAAGCAAGAAACCGAUCUAAUGGUUGUACUUUCAAAAUCAGUGGGGAUUCUUCCAGGCGGCAGCCUCAUUUCAAGAUAUACUUUACUCCAGGAGGAGGUGGAGAUCAGGAUGUGAGCCUUGGCAGUGAUUCAGCAAGAAAUAAUCCCAAGACCAGAGAUGAUUUCCUCGGACAGGUCGAUGUUCCUCUCAGUCAUUUGCCGACAGAGGACCCGACGAUGGAGCGGCCCUACACGUUUAAAGACUUCCUGUUGCGGCCCAGAAGUCACAAGUCCAGGGUGAAGGGUUACCUGCGUCUGAAGAUGGCCUAUCUGCCCAAACAAGGAGGACCCGAGGAGGAGGCUGGGGAGAUGAGGGAGGAGGCUGAGGGAUGGGAUGAGUCUGCUGACUCGGGCCAGCGACAACAGCAGCUGCUUCCUCCACUGCCCCCAGGCUGGGAAGAGAAGGUGGAUAACCUGGGGCGCACCUACUAUGUAAACCACAACAAGCGCAGUACGCAGUGGAAACGGCCCUCCACCAUGGAUGUCAUUUCAGAGACUGAGAGUGACAAUCAGCAGCGGCAGAUCAAUCAGGAAGCACACCGUGUUUUCCGUUCGAGACGCCACAUCAGUGAAGACCUGGAGAACGAGCACCUGGAGCCCAGGGACAUGGACAAUUCCUGGGAGCUCAUCACAGAAGAGGAUCCUAACGACAGCCUGGCCCAGUCUCUGCCUGGCCCCUCUUCUGUUUUGACACCACAACACCCACCGACGCCCGUCACCCAGGAGUUCUCUGAAGAUUUAAAUCUGAGGCUGUCACUCACUCCAGAUACCAACGGCGAGGUGGCAGGGCCCAGCUCUGCUCUGAGCCAGCUGUCAAACAGACUCCGAUCCUCAAGUAUGACGGAUGGUGUCAGUGAUCAGGCCCAGGCUCCUCCUCUUAUGCAGGGUUCCCAGACCAGAAGAACAAGAGCUCAAACAGUCUCAGGUGGUGAGGAGUCUAUGUCUCCCUCAUCGCCUGCUUACGCCUUGACCACCCCUGGCCUGCCCCCUGGAUGGGAGGAGAGGAAGGACGGCAAGGGAAGAACUUAUUACGUCAACCAUAACAGCCGCACCACUACCUGGACUAGGCCAAUUGUGCAGGUACAGCAGCUGACUGAAGACGGAGCGAGCACAUCCUCAGCAGCUGCAGCAGCAUCAGGAGGAGCCUCGGCCCUGGCACCCGCAUCCACCCCCUCCUCCUCCUCCAAUGCCUCCAACAACCACCUCCAUGAGCCCCAAGUCCGACGACCUCGUAGCCUCAGCUCCCCUACUGUCACCCUUUCCACCCCCUUGGAGGGAGCCAACAACAUCCAGGUGAGGAGGGCUGUAAAAGACACGUUCUCCAACCCACAGUCUCCCCAGCCGUCUCCCUACAGCUCCCCCAAGUCACAGCCCAAGACGCAGCAGAGCUUCCUGCCCCCGGGCUGGGAGAUGAGGAUAGCCCCCAAUGGACGGCCUUUCUUCAUCGACCACAACAGCAGAGUCACCACCUGGGAGGAUCCCAGGUUAAAAUAUCCAGUCUAUAUGAGGAAUAAGAACUCAAUGGAGCCCGGUGAACUCGGCCCUCUUCCUCACCUACCAGAGGAGCCUGGAUGGGAAGAAAGAGUUCAUUCAGACGGACGCACCUUCUACAUAGACCACAAUACAAAGAACACACAGUGGGAGGACCCUCGUCUGCAGAGUCCAGCUAUCACAGGACCUGCUGUUCCCUACUCCAGAGAGUUCAAGCAGAAAUACGACUACUUCAGGAAGAAGUUGAAGAAACCGGCCGACAUCCCCAACCGAUUCGAGAUGAAAUUGCACCGGAACAACAUCUUUGAGGAGUCGUACCGUCGGAUCAUGUCCCUGAAGAGGCCCGAUGUCCUGAAGGCUCGCCUGUGGAUAGAGUUUGAGUCGGAGAAAGGACUGGACUACGGCGGCGUGGCCAGAGAGUGGUUCUUCCUCUUAUCCAAGGAGAUGUUCAAUCCUUACUACGGACUGUUCGAAUACUCUGCUACAGACAACUACACGCUUCAGAUAAAUCCCAACUCUGGUCUGUGCAACGAGGAUCACCUCUCCUAUUUCAAGUUCAUCGGGCGUGUGGCAGGAAUGGCUGUGUUCCAUGGAAAACUACUGGAUGGUUUUUUUAUCCGACCUUUCUACAAGAUGAUGCUGGGAAAACAGAUCUCCCUUAAAGACAUGGAGUCUGUGGACAGUGAAUACUACAACUCUCUGAAGUGGAUUCUGGAGAACGAUCCCACUGAGCUGGACCUGAGGUUCUGUAUUGACGAGGACAACUUUGGACAGACGUACCAGGUGGACCUGAAGCCCAGCGGCUCAGACAUGGUGGUCACGAACGACAACAAAAAGGAAUACAUAGACCUGGUCAUCCAGUGGAGGUUUGUGAAUCGGGUCCAGAAGCAGAUGAACGCCUUCUUGGAGGGCUUCACUGAGCUAAUUCUCAUAGAUCUGAUCAAGAUCUUUGAUGAGAAUGAACUGGAGCUGCUCAUGUGCGGUCUAGGUGACGUUGACGUCAACGACUGGAGGCAACACACUGUUUACAAGAACGGAUACUGUCCCAACCAUCCUGUCAUCCAGUGGUUCUGGAAGGUGGUCCUGUUGAUGGAUGCUGAAAAGAGGAUUCGACUCCUUCAGUUUGUUACGGGAACAUCACGAGUGCCCAUGAAUGGCUUUGCUGAACUUUAUGGUUCUAAUGGACCUCAGCUGUUCACCAUCGAGCAGUGGGGAACGCCUGAUAAGUUGCCAAGAGCUCACACAUGUUUCAACCGCUUGGAUCUGCCCACUUACGACUCAUUCGAGGACCUGAGAGAGAAACUCCUCAUGGCCGUGGAGAACGCGCAGGGCUUCGAGGGCGUUGACUAAAAAGACCGCCGCCUCUGCAUUGCAGCCAACCAACCAACCGAGAAAAAAACAAACAAAACAAAAAGCCACAGGGAUAUCAAACCAGCUGCUGUAGCAGUUCUGUGCGAGCAUGUUGUACUGUAAUGCCUGACUGUGAGCCACUUCCACAGCACGGUGGCUCGAGACUGUACAGCGAUUUGUCGAGCCAAUAUGCCUACGUCUUUAAAUCUUUUCAGAGUGGGUAGGUCACUCCUUAAAGGUGCUGGGGAAAGAGCGGGAGAGUCGCACUGUUGAAUGCUGAAAUCUAUUAUCCACAGGCAUGAGCGAUGAAUGAGCUGGCCCCCUGAUCUGCCGUUUCUUUCCCCUCUACCCUCCUCCUGUGAAAAUCUACAGUGCUGGAAAACACUAAUGCAUUUCAAUAGCUCCUUUAUAUGUACACUAUAGCACAGUAUUCAAGCACCCUUCAGUGGAAGGGACUUAGCAUGGCCUUAAUCUGGCUCCUACAUGCACUAUUUCUCUGAAAAACUGCAAUGGCACUAUGAUCACAACUCUCUCUCAAAUCCUUAGACCAACACCAGAUUACCUUAGGAAUGCUAGCCAAUCACAUUUCAGGAAAGCGGCCACGCCCCUCCGUAGAGCCUUGUCUAUAAUACGUCGUGUGAUCAGAAACCGCCGCUGCAGCCUUUUUGUAGAAUCUUUUUUUUUUUUUUGCCACAGAUUUGAGAAUGGGGCGGGGGGGCUGAAAUAAUCCCCAAAAGAUGAUUUUUUAAAAUAGUUUUUGUCAUCAUGGAACAGAUUCUUCUUGUUUUUCUUAAAUCAUUGGUAUAAUUCUUGCAGUAAAAAUACCCUCAACGUAUUUGUACUGAUGAUGUUUACUAUUUUGACAAUUCUAUAUGACAUGGUGUGUGAAGUGUAAAUCUGGCUAGUCUGGGAAAUAAUUAAUCCAUAUCAUUUGUUACAGUGAUAGCAAAUGUGUUGAAUAAAAUGGUUUUUAUUGUAGUGCUAUGAAAGCAGCAUGAAACUGUAUCUUGUGUUUGCUUUGACUACAUCGUAGUGAUUCGGACGUCGGGGUCGAGAAGGGAAAACUCGGGGUAGUUUCUCUGAGGCGUCAUGAUUAUAUUAAUAUUCUCAUGCCUGUUGCUGUUCAUAAUGCUGUAAAUUGUUCUUUGGAAAAAAAAACACAUUUUAAGUUCUUUCAUGAUAUAUAAAUAUAUGUAUGGAUUUAACAGAAGUAUUACUGAUCAACAACACUAAAAAUGAAGCUGUGUGCGUGCGCGGGUGUUUGAGAGAAAAGCUGUGAUUGCCACUGAAUAUAAAGCAGCACGUUUCUUACAAAGAAAAAAAUGUUUUUUUUUUCUUUUUUAUGUUUUUGUUUCUCUCUCCUUUUUCUAACACCAUUGAACCUAAAGGGCACUUUAUAGAUCACUCUGAGGUCAUGUCGCCUGUUGUAUGUCUUUUGUCAUUAUUAACUUGAAUGUGAUUCUUUUUUUUUUUUCCAUUCGGAGCACUUACCUGGUGCAAUAUAAAUAGUCUGUAAAUCUGGGCUGCUGCUAAGGUAGAAAAAGUUGACAGAAGUGAAGCAGAGACUUCACGUCCUUUUAGUCUUCUCUAUUUCCUCUCUCCUUUUGUCCCUUUUUCUUGACCUUUUAUUUCCUCCCUUGUGUUUCCUCCUGUAACCCCACCACUCAAACUGACUCAGUAAAGAUUAGUCCUUUUUUUAAUGAAUGACGGGGAAAAAUAUCACUUUUGUUAAAGAUUCCACCACUCUCUGCAACUCUUUGUGGUUCAUUUAACUUCAGUCAAAUAAAAAUGAAACUUCUCA